GUGGACUUCAACUGGCCAGGUUUCAUUUUCCUCUCCUGCCUGGCCAUGGCUGCCAUCUGGGGAAACGUUCUCGUCGUCCUAGCCGUCUAUUAUAAACGGAAGCUGCAGAGCAUGUUCAACUGCUUUUUGGUAUCUUUGGCCCUCAGCGACAUGAUGUCUGCCAUGUUUGUCAUGCCUCUGUCCAUUUUGAGAACUUGCGUUGGUAAGUGGCCACUGCCCUUGCCAAAGUUUGUGUGUGUCACGUGGUACAGCCUCGACGUCCUCUUCACCUCCUCCACCAUCUGCCACCUCUGCAUGAUCUCCAUCGAUCGCUACCUGACUUUGACCUUUCCACUCAGG